AUGAAGUUCAAUGGCUUGCGUAUUUUAUCUAUGUUGCUAGUUAGUUCUUUGAAUGUCGUUUCGGGGCAUCAGUGUCUUAAUUUAGAUCCUAUGGAAGAUUUCGAAAUGGAAAAGUUUUUAGGAAAAUGGUACGUCGUUAAAACGACGUUUCCAGAAAAUCGAUGUUUAGUGUAUGAUUUUUACACACAGAAAAUCGAAAAUAUGAUAGAAUAUGCAGAAAAAUCCAAUUACAGCUUUUAUUUUGGAGUAUUGAAAGCCAAAUCAUCAAAAUUACCAUCAGAAAUGACUUAUACCGAUCUUCUUACUGAUUAUUCAAAUGAUCAUGUGGAGGAUCCGUCUUUUAUUGUGCUCUACACUGACUAUGUAUCCUUUGCGCUUGUAUACAUGUGCAUACAUUUGACAAAUGACAAUGCAUUCGUACAUUAUAUAACCAUUAUGUCUAGAUCAGUGAUGUUAGAUAAUGAAAUCAUAAACGAUUUGAUCGUAAAUAUAUUUUCGGUAGCUCGAGCUCCUCUAAAUCUCAAUCACGUUGACCACAAGAACUGUAACUAUGGGACUCUUGUUGAAGAUGGUGAUGAUCAGAAUGUCAUUGACGACGAUGACGAUCGACGACCUUACGUUUCUAUCGAAUGGAUGAUAGAACCUACACCAUAA